AUGCACCGUACCAUCAUCAUCAGAAGAGAGUACCUGCACUACGUUCCAAAGUACAACAGAUUUGAGAAGCGUCACAAGAACUUGGCUGCCCAUCUUUCUCCAGCCUUCCGUGUCAACGAGGGUGAUGUCGUUGUUGUUGGUCAAUGUAGACCUUUGUCCAAGACUGUUAGAUUCAACGUUGUUAGAAUUGCCGCCUCCGCCAGCUCUAAGAACAAGUCUUUCAGCAAGUUCUAA